UUACAGGUAGAAGAAAAAUACCUGCUUGUGUUUUUGUUUUAUUAUUUUCUAAUGGUGCCUCGCUGCCUGUGCAACCGCCUUCCUCUCUCUUUCUCUUUGUGCCAUUAUAAAAACUAAAGUUCAGAACAGCUCACCAAUCACAAUGUCCUCAAUUAGAACAGAGGUAGGCAGCAUUGGGAAGCUUAGCUUACAAAAGAUAAGCGUUAACUAAAUGCUCACCAAGUCCAACCGCCUUUAACUCUGUCUCUCGAACCAACAAACCAAGCUAACUUCAUCUUUUUUUCUUCUCUCUUCUUCCGGUUCAUUUCACCACUUCUCACACAGGUCUUUCUGAAUUAGAAAAUAAAAAAUGAAUAAGCAAGAUCUUAUGAAGUUUCAGCAGUCUUGUGUUCUCAAAGUGAACAUACACUGUGAUGGCUGCAAAAAGAAAGUGAAGAAACUGUUGCAGAAAAUUGACGGUGUGUAUUCUAUAAGCAUAGAUGCAGAACAAGGGAGAGUGGUAGUAACAGGCAAUGUUGAUCCAGCCAUUCUCAUCAGGAAGCUUGAGAAAUCAGGGAAAUUUGCUGAGUUAUGUAGGCCUCAAAAGGGUUCAAACAGCUACCAAAAUCUUGUCAACAACCAGUUCAAAAACAUGCAUUUUGACAAUGGUAAGGGUGGCAAAGACAACAAAUCUCAAAAGGGUGGUGGGAAUAAUAACCAGCCAAAAGGUGGACAUCAACAACAACAGCAGCAACAAAUUAUGCAGCAGCAAUUCAAAGGGUCUAAGGACAUGAAGAUGAUGCCUCACAAGGAUCAAAAAUCUGUCAAGUUUCACUUGCCUGAGGAUGAGUUUGAUGAUGAAGAUUUUGAUCAUGAGUUUAUUGACGAUGAUGAAGAAGAUUUUGAUGAUGAAUUCGAUGAUGAAGACGAUUUUGAUGAUGAGGAGGAGUUUGGCCAUGGUCAUGGCCAUAAUGGUCAUAACUUCUCUAACAAGAUGAUGCCCAUCAUGAAUAAUAAUGGGCAUGGUGGGAAACAUGGGCCUAAUGUUAUGAUGGAUAAUGGGCCUGUCAUAAAUAUGAAAAGAGGUAAUGGAAAUGGGGGAAAUGGCAAAAAAGGUGGAGUUAUUGAUGUACCAAUUGUGAUGAUGGGAGACAAAGAUGGUAAAGGCGUCAAAGGAGGAAAGAAUGGAAGCAAAGAGAAUAACCAAGGAGGGAAGCAAAGUAAAGGAGGUAAAUAUAAAAGUGAUGGUAACAAAAAGAGUGGUGGUGGUGGGUUUCUAGGGUUUGGUAAAAAGAAAGGAGGUGAAGAUAAAAAGAGUGGUAAAAAUAGUAGUGAUGGUAGUGGUGGGUUUUUAGGGUUUGGCAAGAAGGAUAAAAAUGUCGAAGAUGGUAAAGGUGGUAACAAAAAUGGCAAGAAGAAUACUAACAAUGGAGGUGGUGGUGGAAACAAUAAUGGCAAUGGGCCUAAAAAGGGUGAGGCCAAGAGUGAUGGGCUCCAUGAUAUGAAGAAAAUAAAGAAUGAUUUCCAUGAUUUUGAUGUGCCUAUUCUAGGCAAGGGUGGUAAAGGAAAUGGAGGAAAUGGCCAUGGUUAUGGUGUUGGCCAUGGUGGUGGUGGUGGUGGUAAAAGUGGAGGCCGGAUGGGGCAAAUGAGUAAUUACCCGAUGGGGCAAAUGGGCAACCAUCCGAUGGGGCAAAUGGGCAACCAUCCGGUGGGGCAAAUGGGCAACCAUCCAAUGGGGCAAAUGGGUAACUAUCCAAUGGGGCAAAUGGGUAAUUACCCAAUGGGUCAGAUGGGUAAUAUUCCAGCAGUGCAAGGACUACCAGCACCAGCUGCAGCAGCAAUGAAUGGUGGAUAUUAUCAAGGGAUGGGGCCACCAGGGAACCCUUACAAUCAACAAUAUAUGGCCAUGAUGAUGAAUCAACAGAGAAUGAACGGUGGAAAUGAGAUGUAUCAGCCAAUGAUGUAUGCAAGGCAUCACCCGGCUUUUAACUAUGGACCACCACCACCAUCAGUGAACCCUCAUGCUACUGAUAAUUACACUUACUUCUUCAGUGAUGAGAAUGCCAAUAGUUGUAGCAUCAUGUAAAAUUGCUUAGAACUAGAAAUAGUUUAAUCUUUUGGGUUUGGGUGUGGGUUUUGGUUAAUUAUCUUGUGUUUGUGUACUUUUGUAGUAGUACUUGUACAACAAGGGUGCAAGGUGAAAAAGAAUACAAUAUUGCCCAUAAUGGGUAACUUUUGUUUCA